UCUUCGUAAAACCUCUCUUAAACCCUAUAAUUCCUAAGCUCUCGUCAGUCACCAAAACGAACCUCGAGCCGAGCUCUAGGUUUCAGCUUUGGGGAUUGAUUUGCCGAGGAUUUUGCAGGAAAAUGGCGAAGACCACAUAUGCAAUGAGUUUGAUUUCCGCCAUUACAGCCUCUGCAUCUUUAUCUCAAAAUCACUCUGCUUAUGCCGAUGGCCCCUUCAAUAUCUCCCCCGUUUCCGCUUCUCCUGCUGCACAAUCUGCCUCGUCGAAUGCUAAUUCUGAGACGUCUGCCCCUAAGGUUCGAAAUGAUAAUCCGAGGACGUCGUCGUCCGGGUUUGAUCCGGAGGCGCUGGAACGUGGUGCAGAAGCUCUCAGAGAGAUCACUAGCUCUUCGCAUGCCAAGAAGGCUUUUGAAUUUAUGAAGAAGCGAGAAGAUACGAGACAAGUAGAGUUGCAGGCGAAGACUUCUGAGUUCAAAGCAAUGCAAGCUCAAGCUGAAACGGAAAGACAAAGGGUUAUAUACGAUGAGCAGAAGAAGUUAGCUCAGCAUCAAGCACAGACUAAAUCGCAAAUGGCACGGUACGAGGAUGAAUUGGCACGGAAGAGGAUGCAGGCAGAAAAUGAGCAUCAAAGAGCCAGGAAUCAAGAGCUUGUAAAACUUCAAGAAGAGUCAUCAAUUCGGCAAGAGCAAGCACGUCGAGCUACAGAAGAACAAAUUCAAGCCCAAAGACGACAAACAGAGAGGGAGAAGGCUGAGAUAGAGCGUGAGACUAUCAGAGUGAGGGCUAUGGCAGAAGCAGAAGGAAGGGCCCAUGAGGCAAAGCUUGCUGAAGAGGUAAAUAGGCGAAUGUUAGUUGAUCGUGCAAAUGCAGAGAGGGAAAAAUGGAUUGCCGCUAUUAAUACUACUUUUGAUCAUAUUGGAGGAGGUUUGAAAGCCAUUUUGAUGGAUCAAAAUAAAUUGGUAGUUGCUGUUGGUGGAGUUACUGCAUUAGCCGCAGGGAUUUACACGACAAGAGAAGGUGCGAAAGUGAUUUGGAGUUAUGUGGAUAGAAUAUUAGGGCAGCCAUCACUGAUUAGAGAGUCAUCACGAGGAAAAUACCCUUGGUCGGGGCUGUUAUCCCGUGUCAUGGGCACUGUGUCACGUGGGUCAGAUAAGGGGCCUUCCUCAAAAAAAGGAAACGGGUUUGGAGAUGUAAUUUUACACCCUUCACUUCAAAAGAGGAUAGAGCAACUAUCAAAUGCAACUGCAAAUACAAAGUCUCAUCAGGCUCCCUUUCGGAAUAUGUUUUUCUACGGCCCUCCUGGAACAGGAAAGACAAUGGCUGCUAGAGAGCUUGCUCAUAAAUCUGGACUAGAUUAUGCAUUGAUGACAGGAGGAGAUGUUUCUCCUCUGGGAUCACAAGCUGUUACCAAGAUACACCAGUUAUUUGAUUGGGCUAAGAAGUCUCGGAAGGGUUUACUGCUUUUCAUUGAUGAAGCAGAUGCAUUUUUAUGCGAGCGAAAUAAAACAUAUAUGAGUGAAGCACAAAGAAGUGCACUUAAUGCUCUUCUUUUUCGCACGGGUGACCAGUCAAAGGAUAUUGUUCUUGCUCUUGCUACAAAUCGCCCGGGUGAUCUUGACUCAGCAGUAGGAGAUCGUAUUGAUGAAGUUCUAGAAUUCCCCUUGCCCAGGGAAGAGGAACGCUUCAAACUCUUGAAACUUUAUCUGGAAAAAUAUAUAGCAAAUGCUGGAUUGAGAAAAUCUGGUUUAUUCCAAAACAUUUUUAAAGGACAACAAAAGAAGAUCGAGAUCAAAGGGUUGACCGAUGAAAUCGUACACGAAGCAGCUGCAAAAACUGAAGGAUUUUCUGGGAGAGAAAUAGCAAAGUUGAUGGCAAGUGUACAAGCUGCUGUUUAUGGUAGCGAGACAUGUGUGCUCGAUCUGAGCCUAUAUCGCGAGGUGGUAGAUUAUAAAGUUGCAGAACAUCAACAGAGAAGGAAACUUGCUGCUUCAGAAGGAGGCAGUGUGCAAAAUUGAAGGUAUUUAUAAUAAAUAAUAUGAUACUAUACAUGCUAAUACUACUCUUAGAUGGAAGAAAAUUGAUUGGUUUCUGUCUGGUAGUUACUUUAGAUUCAUUGAUGAGGGAAAUUAUGUAUUUCUCUGUGCUAGUUUUUUUUUUUUUUUUAACUUAAUUAACAGGGUACAUGAAUAUUAAAGUCUGGUUGUUGAAUGGA